CCCAAUUCCAUCAAACCACGUAGAGCUCUCCUCUCUUCCAUUUUCUUCAAUCUAAACCAAGCCAAAAAUCUCUCCCGCUUCAUCCGGCAUCAGAUAAGAUACACCCAACCACCAUGAAAGCGAUGUCUUUUAAGAACUCGUCCAUCAUAAAGGCUUGCAAUCUUCACCCUUUCUUCCAGCAAAAAAAUCCAUGGAAGAAUUCAGCUUUCCUGCCAUACCAGCAGAGCAAGACAAACUCUCCAAUCUCCCUUCCCUUCCCUUCCCCUUCACUCCUGUUUGCUUCCUUCCAUCUCCUUCCAAUCAGAAAUCCGAAGUCCUCCGAAACUACCAGCGAAGCAGAAGCUUCUCAUGCCUGGAAGAUCUGAAGCUCAGAGAUGAGAUAAGCUCUUCAGAAAUCAACGAUGAGGAGAAGAUGGAUAUGCUGUGGGAAGACUUCAAUGAGGAACUCAGCCAAUUUUCCAGUGAGGGGAAAGCUGGAGGGAAUAAUGGCUUGGAUUUCUCCAAAGCCUCAGAUAAAUUGGAUGGGAAGAAGCGAAAUGGUUCAAGAGAGCUCUUUCGUGUGAAAGCUGUUCAUCAUCGAAGACCUGGACUGGUGAUGAUACUGAAGGUAUUUAAGAAGCUUCUCUUCAUUCAGAAGAACAGAAAGAAGAGAACAUCAUCAUCCAUUUAUCAUAUGUAAUUAGGCCCAUAGAUUAUUUCAAACUGAUCUGUAAAUUGAUUUGAUGGUAAAAGAUCAAAUCUUUAAGUUCUUUUGCCAAACAGAAUAAAAGAAGAUUGAAGUUUGUUUUCUGCAUUUUUUCAAUCAUUUUGCUUUUGUGUAGCUAUUAAUAAAGUAAAAGUAAAAUAUUUUGUGUCAA